AUGACAUCAAAUCCUAAUUGGCCAGAAAUAAAAAAGGCAUUGCAAAUACAUUUAGAAGAUAAAACAAUCUCGCAACAGCUUCCACAAGAUCAUCCUGAUAUCGUGGCUCGAGUCGCUAAGUUAAAAUUUGACCAAAUAUUAGAAGAUUUAGAUAAAAAGCAAGUCUUUGGAAAGGUAUCGGCUUUUGUAUACGCCACAGAAUUUCAGAAACGUGGAUUACCACACAUGCACCUGCUUAUAAUUAUGAAACCCGGUGACAAGAUUCAUCAAGCAGAAGAGCUCGAUGACUUGAUGUCAUCCGAAAUACCCCAAAAUGAUGACUUAGAGUUAAGAGAAUUAGUUCUCAAAUGGAUGAUUCACAACCCAUGUGAAAGGUCAUAUGAUUUAGAUGUUUCACGAGAUCGUGCGUCACAACGUGUGGCCACUGAAAACGACGAGCAACGGGAACGACGUCUAAAAGAUUUGCGGCAGCGUGCGGCACAACGUGUUGCUACUGAAAAUGACGAACAACGAGAGCUACGCCUACAAGAUUUGCGGCAACGUGCGGCACAACGUGUAGUUACUGAAAAUGAUGAAAAACGAGAGCGACGUUUGCAAGAUUUGCGGCAGCGUGCGGCACAACGUAUAGCUACUGAAAAUGAAGAACAACGAGAAUACCGAUUAGAAGAGCAAAGACGUCGAGACAGAAGACGUCGUAGGGCUUUAGAACUUAAUAUUUUUUACCGACAUAUAAAUGUGCCAUUACUGCAGCUGUGCAAUAUCAGCCCUUAG